UAUAGAGAGGCCAUCACCUCGCUGCUCCUCCUGUACCCGCGCGCUGCUCGUUAACUUGCCGGACCUCUCUAGAUCCAUCCCAUCCCAUCUUGGUGGCUUUGUGAGUGAAGAAAGAAAGAAGAUGCUGGACAAGCUGUGGGACGACGUGGUGGCGGGGCCUCACCCGGAGACGGGCCUCGAGAAGCUCCGCAAGGCCGCCACUGCCCGCCCCAUCCUCAUCGACAAAGACGCGGAUGCCGGAGCCGCGGGGAGCUACAAGCGGACGCAGUCGAUGCCGUCGACCCCGACGACGCCGGUGACGCCGUCGUCGUCGUCGACGACGACGACGCCGCGGGGCGCCAGCAACGUGUGGCGCAGCGUGUUCCACCCGGGGAGCAACCUGGCCACCAAGGGCAUGGGUGCCAACCUCUUCGACCGCCCGCAGCCAAACUCCCCCACCGUCUACGACUGGCUCUACAGCGACGAGACCAGGAGCAACCACCGUUAGAUCGAUCGGAUGAGGCCGAGGAUGAUGAAGGGCCCGGCGUCUCUGUCAGGCCAUCAUGUUUGCUGGUCCUUGUGGUUAUCUAAAACGCAUGCAUGCUCUAUUAUUAUAGUACUUCUGCAGUUCUGCUGUCGCUGUUGCUGAUAAAGACUUUGCCGUUUAAUUGUCCUUUAUUAUGUGUUAUUAUGGAGUGAUGAGUGAUAUGCAGUCGCUCCUAGUAGUGAGUAGUGAGUAGUGAGUAUUUACUUGGUAUAGUACUUGGUCUGGUCAGUUCCUCUGACUCGGCUUGGCCAUUCAAGGGGAGCCCUGUUGUUGCUGCUGUUGUGUGUGUGGUGUGUACUGGCUGUUCUCCAUCAUCUUGUAAAUAUUUUGCUUUGGCCAGGGCGUGUACUAGUAACUGUGCCUGUUUCUUCCAUUUUAAUUUACAAGUCUUGAUGUGUAAUAAUCACCGGCGCAGCGGCGCUGAGGACAUGUAUUACAACAAAAUUACUCUGCA